AUGCCCGAUCGGCAUUUGGCAGAAGACAACGAGCCUCAACGGCCUGAGACUGUGCGUGACGAGUUGAAGGAGCUGUUUGGAAGCACUAACCUGAGGAGACUUGCUUAUCGGCCACAACCCCACCCAUCUACUUUCGCGGCACCUGAGGCGUUGCUCGAACCAAUUGCCGAAGAAGAGGAUGUCAGCUUCCAGACUCUCCUACUCAAUGCAAAUCGCGUGCUGCCCAACAAAGCUUGGCCAAAGCAGGUCAGACUUGGUAGAGAGCUGACACGCCAAGGCAUAAGAUUUCUCACAUUGGUAGAUGCUGCGGCUUGUUUAUCGAAGAAGCACUGGUCAUGGACUGUAAAGGAGGCAGUCAGCUCACUAUACGCGCUUAACGAUCGUUGCAGAGAAGUAUUGGAGAGCCUAUGGUACCAGAACGCUAGUGGCACUGAUGGGCCGCACGAGAAGACCAGAAUCCUUCACCUAACUCGUAACGCUAGAGCUUAUGUGUUAGUAGUUCGACUUACCUUCUUUCUCUGCCGUCUGGAAGGCAAGCUCAUGGCUGAGUUCGACGCUGAUGUGGAACGCAAUACUUCGGCUCUCGGCGUACCACCCAAUUUCGAUAUAUUCGAUGAGUUAGAGCAGUUAAGACUACGCAUCGAGACGAAUCAAGACGAGUGUUUGGAAGCUUUCGAAGACGGCGCUCAGAUGGAAUGGCGCGGGGAACCGAUCCCGGUCGAAAACGUAUCAGCUCCCAUAGAAGGCCUCACUGAUGCCGACUGCGCCGUGUGCCAGGACGCGAUUACACCGCCAGGCGUAGUCACAGCAUGUCAACACAGCUAUUGUCGCACUCACUUGGAGCAAUGGAUCCAUGCUGCAAGGGAAAAUAGCCAUCUAUGCUGCAUCUGUCGUAAGGAACUUUUCCCUAAGCCCAGCUAUCGGAUUAAAGAUCUGGAAGGUGGUCGCAACUACCAACAUGAGAUGGAUUGGUGGAAUAAGGCGCUGAGUAACGUGCGCGUCGUAAAGCAUUGGGCGUCAUGGCUAGAGCAAGAACGCCAACUUCAAAUCACGUACGAAAGAGACAUGUUAUGA